CUGGCAACAUGAAGACUGAGGUAUCCUGGAAGCGACGUCUUCUGCGAAAGAAGAUCAAGUAUAUGCUGGUAUGCGUCCUUGUAGUCGCCGUGAUAUUCGUGAUCCAUCAGCUAUUCUACUUCAAAGAAUUGAAUCAAGAUACCGUAGGCAAGUUGAUUGCCGGCUCGGUGAAAGACACCCAUCGUAUGGUCAUCGGCAAGCGGGUUGACAAAUGGAAUCAACCAUAUCAUUCGAAACUCAUUCGCGACACAAAUGGUCGAACGGUGUCAUUGCGUGGCACACGGGAUCAGGAUAUAGCCAAAUACCUUCCCAAUAUCAAUGGGAAAUUUGUAUGUUUUGUUUCGAAGAAGGAGAUUGAUUUUAUAAGGAUCAAUGAUGAUUAUUGUGACUGUCCAAUGGACGGUAGUGAUGAACCAGGUACUAAUGCCUGCAACAAUGGUUUCUUUAAUUGCGAGAAAAGUUCAAGAAAGUCAGCAGUAAGAAUACCAUCGUACAAAGUCAAUGAUGGACAUUGUGAUUGUUGUGAUGGUUCUGAUGAAUGGGCUGAAGCUGCAGUGUUGUAUAAACUCAGUAAAUUAAAAAUAACUUUUUAUGGACCUAGAUGUCCAAACAAAUGUUAGUGAAGAAAGUGAAGUAUAAUUCAAAUCGGGGGGGAGGGGGGGGGAAGAAAGUGCUUCUUAAUUUAUGCACCGUAACAAG